AUGCCGAAGAAGCAGGAGGAAGGCAAGGAGGAUCCACCGAACGUCGAGCGCGCGCAGCGCCAGGCUGCCGCUGACGAAAAUGCCGCUGGUACUUCCAACGAGGCUCCGGCUCCCAAGCGGCCACGCGGUCGACCGCCCAAGGCCGUACCGGUGGAGCCAAUAGCGCCCAAGCCUAUCGCUACUACGGCGGCUCGGAAGUUGCGGAAGACAGCGGACGCAACGGAGCCCGCCAGCGAAAACCCAUUUACCAGCAAGGCAGUCAAACCUAAAGCCCCGAGAGUGAGCCGCAGGAAGCGCUCGCGAAGCUCCUCCGCCAGCAGCGCCAACGACACGGCUAGCGAGGCUCCGAUGCGUCGCAGUGCCAGGAGGAGGUUUGAUGAGCAGCAGCACAGUAGGGGUAUGAAGAAAGGUGAGGUAGCGCAGCACAAACACUGCUGCUCAUAA